GGCGGAAGUGCUGUUCGCCGUCUCUUCCGGCCGGGCAGGUGACGGCACAGCGCAGUCAGACAUCUUGGAGAGCCGAGCUCCACUGGGCGACAGGGCCUCCCGCACUUCAUCGCCAUCCAUCCGAGACCCGCAAGCAUACACCGAACUAGGGCCGCUGCGGAGCCACCGAGAGAGAAGUAGUGACGCCUCCUGGCCAAGAUGACAGACUCCAAGUACUUCACCACCACCAAGAAAGGGGAGAUCUUCGAGCUCAAGGCGGAGCUCAACAGCGAUAAGAAGGAGAAGAAGAAGGAGGCUGUGAAGAAGGUGAUCGCCUCCAUGACGGUGGGCAAAGAUGUCAGUGCUCUUUUCCCUGAUGUUGUGAACUGCAUGCAGACGGACAACCUGGAGCUGAAGAAGCUGGUUUAUCUGUAUCUGAUGAAUUACGCCAAGAGUCAGCCAGACAUGGCCAUCAUGGCUGUCAAUACCUUUGUCAAGGAUUGUGAGGAUCCCAACCCCCUGAUCCGGGCCCUGGCGGUGCGCACUAUGGGCUGUAUCCGUGUGGAUAAGAUCACGGAGUACCUGUGUGAGCCCCUGCGCAAGUGCCUGAAGGACGAGGACCCCUAUGUGCGCAAGACGGCGGCAGUCUGCGUGGCCAAGCUGCACGACAUCAACGCCCAGCUGGUGGAGGACCAGGGCUUCCUGGACACGCUGAAGGAUCUCAUCUCGGACUCCAACCCCAUGGUGGUGGCCAAUGCGGUGGCUGCACUGUCUGAGAUUGCGGAGUCUCACCCCAACAGCAACCUGCUCGACCUCAACCCCCAGUCCAUCAACAAGCUGCUGACGGCCCUCAACGAGUGCACGGAGUGGGGCCAGAUCUUCAUCCUGGACUGCCUGGCCAACUACACGCCGCGCGACGACCGCGAGUCCCAGAGCAUCUGUGAACGCGUGACUCCACGCCUGUCUCACGCCAACUCGGCUGUUGUGCUCUCCGCAGUCAAGGUGCUAAUGAAGUUCAUGGAAAUGCUUCCCAAGGACCUGGAUUAUUAUGGCACGCUCCUAAAGAAGCUGGCACCCCCUCUGGUCACUCUCUUGUCUGCGGAGCCCGAGCUUCAAUAUGUGGCCCUGCGCAACAUCAAUCUCAUUGUACAGAAACGGCCAGAGAUCCUUAAGCACGAGAUGAAGGUGUUUUUUGUGAAGUACAAUGACCCCAUCUAUGUCAAGCUGGAGAAGCUGGACAUCAUGAUCCGCUUGGCUUCACAAGCCAACAUUGCUCAGGUUCUGGCCGAGUUGAAGGAAUACGCCACGGAGGUGGAUGUGGAUUUCGUGCGGAAGGCGGUGCGAGCCAUCGGCCGCUGCGCCAUUAAGGUGGAGCAAUCUGCAGAAAGGUGCGUCAGCACACUCCUGGACCUUAUCCAGACCAAGGUCAACUACGUUGUUCAGGAAGCCAUCGUGGUGAUUAAGGACAUCUUCCGCAAGUAUCCCAACAAGUACGAGAGCGUCAUCGCCACGCUGUGCGAGAAUCUGGACUCCCUGGAUGAGCCCGAGGCGCGUGCUGCUAUGAUCUGGAUCGUAGGAGAGUAUGCGGAGAGGAUCGACAAUGCGGAUGAGCUGCUGGAGAGCUUCCUGGAGGGGUUCCAUGAUGAGAGCACGCAGGUGCAGCUCCAGCUGCUGACUGCCAUUGUGAAGCUCUUCCUGAAGAAGCCUACUGAGACCCAGGAGCUGGUGCAGCAGGUCCUCAGCUUGGCCACCCAGGACUCCGACAACCCGGACCUGAGAGACCGCGGCUACAUCUACUGGCGCCUUCUCUCCACAGACCCCGUGGCCGCCAAGGAGGUCGUCUUGGCCGAGAAGCCCCUGAUCUCGGAGGAGACGGACCUGAUCGAGCCCACCCUGCUGGACGAGCUCAUCUGCCACAUCGGCACCCUGGCUUCCGUCUACCACAAGCCCCCCAGCGCCUUUGUGGAGGGCAGCCGCGGGGUGCAGCACAAGCGCCUGCCACCCCGGACGGGAUCGAACGAGAGCACCGAGAGCCCAGAAGCAGCCCAGGUAGCGGGGCAGCCCGUGGAGCAGCCCUCUUCUGUCAUCCCCUCCCAGGGUGACCUGCUGGGAGACCUGCUCAACCUGGACCUUGGUCCCCCCACCACAGGAGGGACCCCUGCCCCCACUUCCUCCAUGCAGAUGGGUGCCAUGGACCUACUGGGUGGAGGGCUGGACAGCCUGAUGGGGGAUGACACAGAAGCGCUUGGUGGGGACCUUGGUGGAAGUCCAGCAAUGGGCACCGGGUUCAGCGUACCUACUGUCAUGCCCUCCUCUUUGAAUGCGCCUGUUGCAGGGGGCCUCGGUGACCUCUUUGACCUUGGAGGGGGAGUGGGAAUACCAGCUGGCGCAUACGUCAUCCCCAAGUCUGUGUGGCUACCUGCUAUGAAAGCCAAAGGACUGGAGAUCUCUGGCACGUUUGCCCGGCGGAUGGGCACCAUUCAGAUGGAACUGUCCCUCACCAACAAAGCAAUGCAGGUCAUGACAGACUUUGCCAUCCAGUUCAACAGGAACAGCUUUGGGCUGUCUCCUGCAGCUGCCCUCCAGGUGCACACCCCUCUGAGCCCCAACCAGACCAUCGAGGUGACCCUUCCUCUCAGCACGGUGGGGCCGGUCAUGAAGAUGGACCCCCUGAACAACCUGCAGGUCGCUGUGAAGAACAACAUUGACGUCUUCUACUUCAGCUGCCUCUACCCCAUCAACAUCCUGUUUGCUGAGGAUGGCAAGAUGGAUCGGCAGGUCUUCCUGGCCACGUGGAAAGACAUUCCCAAUGACAAUGAAGCACAAUUCCAAGUCAAGGACUGCCAUCUUAACUCCGAAGCAGCAACUAACAAGCUGCAGAGUAACAAUGUCUUCACCAUCGCCAAGAGGAACGUGGAAGGACAGGACAUGCUCUAUCAGUCCAUGAAGCUCACCAAUGGGAUCUGGGUACUGGCUGAGCUGCGCAUCCAGCCUGGGAACCCCAGCUGCACGCUGUCCCUCAAGUGCAGAGCUCCAGAAGUCUCCCAGUUUGUGUUCCAGUCCUACGAAGCGAUGCUGAAAAACUGAUUUAGUACGACGCAGCAGAUGGGUGGGGGAGUGGGUUUCUGGAGUCCUCCAAAUGAAGCCCCAAGAUCCACUGUUUACCCUUUAUUUGGUGACAUCCUUACUCUGCUGUACAGUCCGAUCGCAUACAGUCGGUGUCUUUGCGCUGUAACAGAUUUCUAAAUUCCACCUCUCUUGGUUUCUAAGUAUUUUUUUCUCGUUUAGUUGCCUCCUUCCUUUUCUCAUUUACUUGUUUCUAAGAACUGUAACAGUUUUGUUAAAAACACUCUCAAAUGCCCACAGUGGUCUUCUCCAUCUAAAGACUAUGGCAUAUAUAUUUUGUAUUCCCACAAACCAUCAGUUUGUUUUUUUUUUUUGCCCAUUUGGAAUUCAGAGCUGUUCCAGUAAAAAAAAAACAUUGGUCAUGCAAGUGCACUGUCCGUUGUGGUUUCCUGACUGAAGAGUCUGUGCUGUUGUGGGAUCCCCACGGGGUGCUGCAUUGAAGUUAUUUCUCGAAACUCCCAAGAAACAGGACAGGUGUGGCACUGCAUUUUGCACCAUUCACCCGUCUCUGUUUCUGAGCUGCUUAACUUUUUUACUCUGCUCUGAAGCACUGAGGGCUAGGUGCGAUAUUCCAUUUUUGUGAAAGUCCACAGCAAAAUUGAAAAAAUCAACUUUGUCACUGCAGACACUGAGACACAAUUAAAGUCAGCUGUUUGAGGCUCCCAGCAAGCAAUGUAAACAUGGCCUGCUUGGUGUCCUGUUACCUGUCUUACUUUGUAGCCAUCUUUUAACUCUUCUUGAGGCCCGAAUGUUGAUUAUAUGGAGUAUGUUUAUCUGUAAAGGGAAUUAAGUGCGUUUCUAAGCUCAGAAAGAGGUGUCCUUUUUCCUGUUCCCUUGCUAGAAGAUAUCUUAGCCUGUUAAGGGUGAAGGAGUUGACUGGUGUAUGUUUCUGAGCCCCAUGUGUCUUAAUAGUUGGCUUUAUUCUCUAUUUUAAGGAUGUUUUGUCUGGGUAAACAGUUCCCCACAUUUUGUCCCUUAGAUGGAGCGCUCUUCUGCAAGCCUUUUCCGCAGAUGAGAGCAGCUGGAAAGCAUGUAGACUGAAGGCCCUUCACCUGCAAGUGUGUUGAUCGUCAUGCCCCUCUAGUGACAACUGUUGCUCUGCAGUUUCAUAUCUUUAACUCCUAAUGCUGAGAAGCACCGUGGUUUAUAAGAUUUCAGAGUUUGCCCUUUUUUCUCAAGCAUAUGAACCUUCUUAGUUCUCAGUAGGUGCUCUUUUGUCUCUUAAUUGGUGUGUGACACUUCUGUCUAAUGGACUGUUACACGAACACCUACUUCAGUACACGAUUGGAGUACUAGUUCAGUACUGAUGUGGCACCUGAAAGAAACAAAUUGAAAAUCCCAAAUAAGUAAAUAAGCAAAGUUUAUUUUUUUGUUUGCCAUUGAUUUUUCCCUCUCAGUGUGAAGGGGAAUGAACUCUCUAGGUAGGUAGUCCCAGGUCGUUGAUACAAAAGAGCUUCAUUCAUCUCUCAUUCAGAGAAGGAGCAGGGCCUUGUUCCAGGUUUACAGUGGGGAGAGCUGUUCGGAGGCUGUUAAACACUAUGCACCUGUAUGUGCAGUGUCUCAGGUUAACUUGAAUUGUUAUACCCCAACACGCUGCAAGACUCUACCAUCUCGAAACAAGGCACACUGCCACUUGGCUGUGCCAAUAAGGGUGCAGUCUCAUCUACAUUCCAGCAUCAAGCAAAAUAAUAUUUUUAUCGUCUUUAAAAUGAAAUACUGCGGCUUCCUUGUUAACACUAAACUUUGGUUGCUGCCAGGUUUUGCCGUCUUACUGGCCCUGAAAUGUUAGAUUUUUCUUUCUUCACUUUUUGUACUUUGUGUAGGAGUUAUGGGUUGAUGGGAUAAGAUGAAACUAAAGCUGAGCUUGCCUGCAUGUGUGUCUGUCGUGUGAGGUGUGCAUAUUUGUGCGAGUGCGGUGGGCUGUUAAAUUUCCAUCACCCCACCCCCUGCCUGCCUCAUUAAAGCAUUCCAGUCACACUUCUCUACAGUCUGUGCAAGUGUAGUCUCUUUAUGAGCAGGGCAGAGACCAAAGGCUGUUGGGUGCCCCUCCCUUUAAAUGGAAUAUGAUGUGGAAUAAAACAGUUUGUGUCCUUUCCAGUGAUUUCUGUCCAUGUGCUGCAUUGAAAAGGUGGGACAAAUUGGGCAAGCCUUGCUCCAGCUGAUGAAUGUUAUUCCGUCUGUCCACCUUGCUUGUGUUGGACUCAGUUCUUCCAAGAUUUAGGUGGAAGAACUAAUACACAGUGCACAUUGUUGAGAGCUCUGCAGCCUUUAGCCUCUUCUCCGGCAGAAUGAAUCAGUGAUUUUGUUUUUCAGUAAUGUUUUAACGUGUGCAAGCAUAGCGCUGCGCGUCACGUCGAGGGAAGGUGUUCGGGGGCGUGGGGGUUAUGUGAAGUAAAUCGAGCACCAGCUCUGAGCACAGCAGUGCCGGUGACGCAGGAUGUCCUCUGCUAACACGGGUUCGAGUGUUUGUGCAGCCCAUCUCAUGUGUGCUCGCUGAAUCCAGGCUUAGAAAAGAGUUGGUUUUUUUUGCCUUGGUUGCCAGCGUUUUGCGUUGGAGAAAAAAUAAAAACAAUGUCGCCAUUUCUUUGUCCAUCGCAGCUGUUUUAAUGGGUCUUGAUGGGGCGGAAGUCAGCUGUUUGCUGUGGGUGGGGUUUAUUCCACCGCGCGGCUCGGCCCUGGCCUUGACCCCUCUCUGUUGACCCCACCCCCUGCCCAUAGGAGUCCUGCUGUGCUUGUUCUCGUUUGAGCGCGGCUCCUUCUGCAGUGAAACUAUAUAUAUUAUACUUUGCUAUGGAUGGCUGGUUACUGUGAAUAAAUAAAGUAUAUUCACAAGAACA